AUGCAGCAGAAUGCCAACGCAGUAUUCGGGAAAACUAUCCUUUUUCUGGCCCCGCGCUUCGCAGCUUGCGCCCCGGUUUCCCUGCAGACUGCGAAUAAAAGUAGGAAACAGCCUAAGCCUGAGGCUAAGCCUAAGCUGCCUAAGCCUGAGGCUCAGCCUAAGCCUGAGGCUAAGCCUAACCUGCCUAAGCCUGAGCCUAAGCCUGAGGCUCAGCCUAAGCCUGAGGCUAAGCUAAGCCUGAAAUUCCUACGUGUUUCUCAAAUUCCUAACCGUGUUUCGCAGUCAGCAAAAGUUGUGGGCGCGAACCGGAAAUUCUUGCUUUUCGGCGGGGCCAGAAAAAGGAUAGUUUACCAGUAUUCGUUGCGGAGUUCAGGCAGCAUGGUUGCGUAA